ACGAAACAUUUAUCCAGGUGGUGUAAAAAGUCAAUUGUACAAAUACAGCGAGGCAAAAGGUUGUGCUGUAAAUAUUUGCGCGUAAACUUUAAAGUCAAAAAAUAAUAGGCUCCGGUAAUAAUGAAAAAAUUGGAAAAUUGUAAACCAACCCCAUCCUUUAAAUGGUCUCCUCCAUCAAGUCUCUUAGGGUGGGUGGUUUGGGGUUUGGGUUUUUUUUUUUUUUUUUUUGGUGAGCAAUCCAAUCCACCAUUAUUAUCGAUCACCGGACUGGAAAUUAAAUGAAGCACAGAGGUGAUAAUCACGGCGGAGCUUCGUCGUCGUCAAUGGAGAACUUGAUGGGCCUUCUCCGGAUUCAUAUCCAGAGAGGCGUGAACUUGGCCAUUAGAGACAUCUCCACCAGCGACCCUUACGUCGUCGUUCGCCUGGCCAAACAGAAGUUGAAGACCAGAGUGGUGAAGAACAAUGUGAAUCCCGAGUGGAACGAAGACCUCACUCUCUCCGUUUCCGACCCUAAUCUCCCCGUCAAAUUGCAAGUGUACGACAAGGACACAUUCAGUAUGGAUGACAAAAUGGGUGACGCAGAGUUUGACGUCAAGCCAUUGAUGGAAGCUGUAAAGAUGGACAUGCGCGACACCCCGAGCGGGAGUGUAAUAACUAAGGUGAAACCGAGCAGAGAGAAUUGCCUCGCGAAGGAGAGUGGCAUAGUAUGGGAGAACGGUAAGGUUGUGCAGAAGAUGGUGCUUGGGCUGAAGAAUGUUGAGUGCGGCGAGUUGGAGCUCGAGUUGCAAUGGGUACCCAUUCAUCCACCUUCCUAAUUAGGGUCACUACCCAAUGCCACUCCUCAUGUUAAUGAGAUUUGAAUUGUGUACUAUACCUUAAUUGGUAUCAUAGUUAUCUGUUGUGUAUGUAACUCUUAACAUAUUACGGAGUAAUAUGGUGUUACCGUUAAUGUCGUUGCGAUUCUGUAUUGUUUUUGUGGUGAAUGUAAUAUGAUUAUAUGAGUUCUAUAACAAAAAUGUGUUCAAGUG